AUGGGCCUAUCCGAUUUUUCUGGCCCCCCACCGCCACCGCCACCUCCUCCAGGAGCGAACGAUAGUGACGGUGAAGACAAUAUAAUUUCGCAUUUACCACCACCACCUCCGCCACCAGGUAUCAAUGACGACGAGGGUGACGAUUCGUCGAACGAAAAUAUGUUUUCCCUAGCCCCUCCAUCGCCUCCGCCCCCGCCCCCGCCACCGGGCUUCAAUGAUGAAGACUUUGGCGUUCAAGCAUCUGCCCCCCCACCGCCGCCACCAGGUUUAGAGACUGAAAACACAGCACCAGUAGGUAAAAGGCGAUUCUUGGAGGACACUUCUGCUAAGCAUGGAAACGACAAGAAACAAAAGAUUAGUAGAGGGUACAAUAAGGUCAACAAGAAGCUAAAUAAGAGGAAAGGAGGACUUGUGCAUUCUCAUAAGGUAGACAUGCCGCCUGAACAUUUACGGAAAAUUAUUGAGUCUCAUACAGAUAUGACAUCGCAGCGAUACAAUUACGAUAAAAAGGCAUUUUUAGGAGCUUUAAAAUACAUGCCCCAUGCAGUCUUGAAACUAUUAGAAUCCAUGCCCCAACCUUGGGAAGCUACCAAAGAGGUCAAAGUAUUAUAUCAUGUGUCUGGUGCCAUAACAUUUGUGAAUGAGGCCCCUCGUGUCAUUGAACCGAUCUACAACGCGCAGUGGUCAACAAUGUGGAUUUCAAUGAGGAGAGAAAAAAGGGACAGAUCCCACUUCAAAAGAAUGAGGUUCCCCCCUUUUGAUGAUGAUGAACCACCUGUAUCAUAUCCUGACCACAUACAAAAUCUGGAAGCAAUGGACGGAAUUGCCUUAGAUUUAGACCCAACUGAUGACAAAAAUGUUAGAGACUGGCUUUACGAUACAAGACCCUUGAUAGAUAACCUUGCUAGAGUGAACGGUACCUCCUACAAGAGAUGGACGUUAGACUUAAACAUUAUGUCCAAUUUGCACAGACUAUCCACUCCAUUGAUAGACGAGAUAAUAGACAACAAUUACUACUAUCUUUUCAACAAAAACGCAUUCCUGACUUCGAAAGCGCUAAACAGUUCUAUCCCAGGCGGUCCCAAAUUUGAACCACUCUACCCGCAUGAGGAGGAAGAAGACUACAACGAAUUCAACUCUAUCGAUAGAAUCAUAUUUAGAAAUCCCAUCAGAAGUGAAUACCGAAUUGCAUUUCCUCAUUUAUACAAUUCAAGACCCCGGUGUGUAGAAAUCCCAUGGUAUCAUGAUUCCUUAUCAUACGUUAUCAAAAGAGAAAAUGUUGCCAAAGAUAAUUUUUUCCAUUUUGAUAGUAGCCUAAAUCCAAUACUGUUUGACGACGUACCACAGCAUAUGAUCAGAAACGAAACCAAGAAAUCAGAGUCCGAUUACACCAAAUGCAUUAAACCAUUGAUGUGUAAGGAGGAUCUGUGUCUAUCCGGAACAGAAGAUGCCAUAUCUUUGUAUCACGCGCCAUAUCCUUUUAAUAGAAGAUCAGGAAAAAUGGUGAGAGCACAGGACGUUGCAUUAAUUAAAAAGUGGUAUUUGAAACACCCGGACGAAGAAUACCCUGUAAAGGUUAGAGUUUCUUACCAGAAGCUACUCAAGAACUAUGUGGCCAACGAGCUAAAGGAGAAAAAAAAUAGUCACACCAAAACUAAACCCAAAAAAAAGCUUUUAAAACAGCUGAGGAACACGAAAUAUUUCCAACAGACAACCGUUGACUGGAUGGAGGCAGCGUUACAACUUUGUCGACAAGGCCAUAAUAUGUUGAAUUUGCUCAUUCAUAGAAAGGGUUUGACUUAUUUGCAUUUAGAUUACAAUUUCAAUUUGAAACCGACUAAAACACUCACAACGAAAGAGCGCAAAAAAUCCAGAUUCGGUAAUGCUUUCCACCUGAUGAGGGAGAUUUUGAAGAUGAUAAAGUUGAUUGUGGAUGCUCACGUUCAAUUCCGAAUGGGUAACGUAGAUUCAUAUCAGCUUGCGGAUGCUGUACAUUACAUCUUCAAUCAUCUUGGUCAGUUAACGGGUAUUUAUCGGUACAAGUAUAAGGUAAUGCAUCAAAUUCGUGCUUGCAAGGAUUUAAAGCACGUAGUGUACCACCGAUUCAACAAGAUUAUUGGGAAGGGUCCCGGCAGUGGUUUCUGGCAGCCAUCUUGGCGUGUAUGGAUCUUCUUUAUGAGAGGUAUUAUACCUUUGCUUGAAAGAUGGCUGGAAAAUCUCCUCAUCCGUCAGUUCGAAGGGAGGUCUAACGAAGUUAUCAAGUCUGCCACAAAACAGAGGUCCGAGGCUUAUUAUGAUCUGGAACUGAGAGCAUCUGUCAUGAAUGAUAUUAUGGACAUGAUUCCAGAAGGCAUUAGACAGAACAAAGCAAGAACAAUUUUACAACACUUGAGUGAAGCUUGGAGAUGCUGGAAAGCAAAUAUACCAUGGGACGUACCUGGAAUGCCUGAACCAAUCAAGAAUAUUAUUGAACGUUAUGUCAAGGCCAAGGCAGAUGGCUGGGUUUCCUCAGCACAUUACAACCGUGAGCGUAUUAAAAGUGGUGCACACAUUGAAAAGACUGUAGCAAAGAAGAAUUUAGGUAGACUAACGAGGCUCUGGUUGAAAAACGAGCAAGAGAGACAGCAACAAAUUGAGAAGAACGGUCCCGAAAUUUCUCCCAAUGAGGCCACUGCUAUAUUCUCCGCUACGGUGGAAUGGCUAGAGUCUCGCGAUUUUUCCCCAAUAUCUUUCCCACCCCUAACCUAUAAGAAUGACACAAAAAUAUUAGUUCUUGCAUUGGAAAGUUUAAAGGAUUCGUACGGUGCCAAAGUUCGGUUGAACUCGGCCGAGAGAGAAGAACUGGCAUUAAUAGAAGAAGCUUAUGACAACCCACAUGAUACUUUAACCAGGGUGAAGAAAUAUUUAUUGACACAGAGAGUAUUCAAGCCUGUAGAUAUAUCCAUGAUGGAACACUAUCAAUCAAUAUCACCACUGUACGCAAUCGAUCCAUUGGAAAAGAUAACAGAUGCCUAUUUGGAUCAAUAUUUAUGGUUUGAAUCGGACCAACGCAAUUUGUUUCCCAAUUGGGUCAAGCCCAGUGAUGAUGAAAUUCCACCGCUGCUUGUUUAUAAGUGGUCACAAGGUAUAAACAACGUUAAGGACGUCUGGAACGUCUCUAACGGGGGGUCCACUGUUAUGCUUGAGACAAAGCUCGACGACCUAGCUGAAAAAAUUGAUUUCACUUUAUUGAAUCGACUACUCAGACUCAUAAUGGAUCCGAACCUGGCCGACUACAUCACUGCCAAAAACAAUGUUAUCAUCAACUUCAAAGAUAUGAGCCAUGUCAACAAAUACGGAUUGAUCAAAGGUUUACAGUUUGCUUCCUUUGUCUUUCAAUAUUAUGGCUUAAUUAUGGAUCUUCUGAUUCUUGGGAAUGACCGUGCAACUGAUAUAGCAGGUCCUCCAACGAAUCCGAACCCUUUCAUGCAAUUCAAAAGCCUAGAAAUUGAGAAAAAACACCCAAUACGGCUAUAUUCCCGGUACCUUGAUAAAAUUCAUAUUUUAUUUCAUUUUGAGGAAGAACAAGCAGAUGAAUUGACAAAUGACUACCUUUCUGAAAAUCCAGAUCCAAAUUUCGAAAAUGCUAUAGGAUACAAUAACAAGAAAUGUUGGCCGCGAGAUUCCAGAAUGAGAUUGAUGCGUCAAGAUGUGAACCUGGGCAGGGCAACUUUUUGGGAGAUCGAAGGUAGAGUCCCUAAUUCAUUAACGGCAAUAACUUGGGAGAAUACCUUUGUGUCAGUAUAUAGUAAAAACAACCCUAAUCUGCUAUUCGAAAUGUGUGGCUUUGAAGUUCGUUUAUUACCAAGAUUUAGAGGGGACGAAGUUUUGAGCACAGACGAAGGGGUUUGGGAUUUAGUUGAUGAAAACACUAAACAGAGAACCACUAAAGCCUACUUAAAGGUGUCUGACGAAGAAGUCAAGAAGUUCGAGAGUAGAAUUAAGGGUAUCUUAAUGUCUGCAGGAUCGUCAACGUUUACCAAGAUUGCCGCGAAGUGGAAUACUUCUGUCAUUUCAUUGUUUACCUACUUUAGAGAAGCCAUCGUCGCUACAGAACCAUUAUUGGAUAUCCUAGUGAAAGCGGAAACGAGGAUACAGAACCGGGUCAAACUGGGCUUGAACUCCAAAAUGCCCACGCGUUUCCCACCUGCCGUUUUUUACACCCCCAAGGAGUUGGGUGGGCUGGGAAUGAUAAGUGCAUCCCAUAUAUUAAUCCCAACCUCCGAUUUAACCUGGUCUAAGCAAACUGACACAGGUAUUACACAUUUUAGAGCUGGUAUGACCCACAAGGAUGAAAAAUUGAUUCCAACUAUCUUCAGGUACAUAACCACUUGGGAAAAUGAGUUUCUUGAUUCUCAAAGGGUAUGGGCAGAAUACGCGGCGAAACGACAGGAGGCAAUACAACAAAACCGUAGACUAGGUUUUGAAGAGUUAGAAGGUUCGUGGGAUAGAGGUAUUCCACGUAUCAGUACCUUAUUUCAGAAAGAUCGUCACACACUAGCAUAUGAUAGAGGUCACAGAAUCCGGAAAAUUUUUAAAGAGUACUCUGUAGAGAGAAAUAAUCCAUUUUGGUGGACUAGUUCCCAUCAUGAUGGGAAAUUAUGGAAUCUCAAUUCGUACCGUACUGAUGUUAUUCAGGCACUGGGUGGUAUCGAAACUAUUUUAGAGCAUACUUUGUUCAAAGGUACCGGAUUUAAUUCUUGGGAAGGUCUAUUUUGGGAAAAAGCCUCAGGUUUUGAGGAUUCAAUGCAGUUCAAAAAAUUAACUCAUGCACAACGUACUGGUUUAUCUCAGAUUCCUAAUCGUCGUUUCACUCUGUGGUGGUCCCCAACGAUCAACAGAGCCAAUGUCUAUGUGGGUUUUGUCGUCCAGCUAGACUUAACAGGUAUAUUCUUACAUGGUAAAAUUCCGACACUAAAAAUUUCCUUGAUACAGAUUUUCCGUGCACAUCUGUGGCAAAAGAUACACGAGAGCAUAGUUUUCGAUAUUUGCCAGAUUCUAGAUGGUGAAAUGGAUGCUUUGCAAAUAGAGUCUGUUACCAAAGAAACCAUUCAUCCGCGGAAAUCUUACAAAAUGAACUCCUCUGCCGCAGAUGUCACGCUUGAUAGUUUGUACCAAUGGGAGGUGUCCAGACCUUCUUUGCUACAUUCUACAAAUGAUAAGUUUGAUGCGGCUGUUACAAAUAAGGUGUGGUUUGACGUUCAAUUACGAUACGGUGAUUAUGACUCUCACGACAUUUCCCGUUAUGUUCGCGCCAAGUUUUUGGAUUAUACCACCGACAACGUGAGUAUGUACCCGUCCCCAACGGGUGUCAUGAUCGGUAUUGACCUGGCAUACAACAUGUACGACGCAUAUGGUAACUGGUUUAACGGACUAAAACCUUUAGUGCAAAAUAGUAUGAAGACCAUUAUGAAGGCAAACCCGGCACUCUACGUUUUACGUGAACGUAUAAGAAAGGGUUUACAAAUAUAUCAGUCUAAUGUCCAGGAGCCCUUCUUGAACUCCUCAAACUAUGCAGAGUUAUUCAACAAUGAUACGAAACUGUUUGUCGAUGACACCAAUGUCUAUCGGGUUGCUGUUCACAAAACCUUCGAGGGAAAUGUCGCAACAAAACCAAUCAACGGUUGCAUUUUCACUUUGAAUCCGAAAACGGGCCAUCUAUUCUUAAAAAUUAUCCAUACUUCUGUAUGGGCUGGCCAGAAACGUUUGAGUCAACUUGCAAAAUGGAAGACUGCUGAGGAGGUUAGUGCCUUAGUGAGAUCUCUACCGAAAGAAGAACAACCCAAACAGGUCAUUGUUACGAGGAAAGCCAUGUUGGAUCCUCUGGAAGUCCACAUGCUCGAUUUUCCAAAUAUUUCCAUUAGACCUACAGAGCUAAGACUUCCGUUUUCGGCUUCAAUGUCUAUUGACAAACUAUCUGACGUUGUUUUGAGGGCGACAGAGCCUCAAAUGGUUUUGUUUAAUAUUUACGAUGACUGGUUGGACAGAGUUUCUUCUUACACUGCAUUUUCAAGGUUGAUUCUGUUACUACGUGCUCUAAAGGCCAAUGAAGAAAGAGCAAAACUGGCUUUAUUAAGAGACCCAACUAUUGUGAUUAAGACCCAUCAUUUAUGGCCAUCUUUUUCAGAUGAACAAUGGAUAAAUAUCGAGACCGAGAUGCGUGAUUUGAUUUUGGAUGAAUAUGGUAAAAAGUACAAUGUCAAUAUUUCCGCCUUAACACAAACCGAAAUAAAAGACUUGAUUUUGGGCCAAAACAUCAAGGCUCCUUCCGUGAAAAGACAAAAGAUGGCGGAACUAGCUGCGGCUAGAGCUGAGGAUGCUAACGGUAAGGACGGGACCACUGAAGAUGUUACUGGUGCAACUUCUCUCAUGAAAACGAAGGCCAUUAAUGCCCAAGGCGAGGAAAUUGUCGUUGUAACAUCAUCUAACUACGAAAACCAGUCUUACAAUUCAAAAAACGACUGGCGAGAGAAUGCAAUUGCCAACAGUCUUCUAUAUUUGAGAUUGAAGAACAUUUAUGUUUCGUCCGAAGAAUUUAUCGAAGAAAAGAACAUUUAUAUUAUUCCAAAGAAUAUUUUACAGAAGUUCAUCGAAAUAUCGGACGUCAAAAUACAAAUAGGUGCCUAUAUCUAUGGUAAGUCUCCAAAGGAUCAUCCGAAUAUUAAGGAAAUAAAGACAGUUGUUCUGGCUCCUCAACUGGGUACGACAAGGGACGUCACUUUAGGUCGCGUGCUCGAGGAAGGGUCUUCGGAAGCCCUGAAUGACUUGGAGCUACUAGGAUGGAUGCAUACGCAGUUUGAAGACUUGAAAUUUAUGUCUGCGUUUGAAGUCUCUGCCCACUCUAAAAUGUUUAAGAACAACGCAGCCGCCAAUCCUAUUGAUCUAGCGAUCUGCUCAAGAUCUGGAUCCAUUUCACUGUCCGCCUAUAAUUUGACCGACGAAGGGUUUGCAUGGGGUUUACAAAAUCAAGAGGUCAUUGACAUGAUGCCCCAGGGAUUCGAGCCAACGUUCAGCAAACACGCUCAGCUGUUGCUAUCGGACCGGAUUAUGGGUAACUUCAUGGUUCCUUACGAACAGAUAUGGAAUUAUGCUUUGAUGGGGGCCAGCUUCAAUGCUAAUUUGGAGGUCGACAUUGACUUAGGCAUCCCGCUUGAGUUUUACAAUGAAUUGCAUCGUCCGGUUCACUUCUUACAGUUUAACGAGUUAUUUGGCCAGGACAACGAAUUAGAACCCGAACAACAAGACGUGCUUGCAUAA